AUGACCCAAAAGACCGUUUUCCAGGGAGACGCAAAGUCGGAGGCCCACGUCUCCGUGGCCUCGUCUGUCUACUCCGAGAAGCAGGGCGCGUCCUGUACUGUGCAUGGGCCGUCCCAGACACCUCAUCUAGACCGUCAACUUCAACAGCCCCAAACCAAGGAGAUCCUGCAGGCACUCUCCGUGGCUCUCAAUGAUAUUGCGGAUGAGCGCCAAUGCACCAAAUGUGCGGUGGAAACUGCCUCGGGCCUCUUGACGGGGUAUGUCCGCGAGGUGAAAGCGGCCAAGAAGAAUGGCCAAUAUUCCAAGGAGGAGAGGAAGGCGCUCAAGAAGGAAGUGAAGGCUUUGGGUAGGGGGGUCAAACGCGAUGUGAAAGCGUUGUGGUUGGAGGAGAAAUAG